AUGGCGUUUCCAGCAAAGCCCAGCGGCUGCCGUGGGCUGAUGCUUCUCUGCCUUUUUCUGGAACUACUACUGGAAGCCGGCGCUGAGAACAUACACUACUCUGUACCAGAAGAGACUGAUAGAGGUUCAUUUGUGGGUAACAUCGCCAAGGACCUUGGGCUACAACCUCAAGAGCUGGCGGAGCGCGGAAUCCGCAUCGUCUGGAGAGGUAGGACGCAGCUCUUUGCUCUGAACCCACGAAUCGGCAGCUUGGUCACCGCGGGCAGGAUCGACCGGGAGGAGCUCUGCGCCCAGAACGCUCGUUGUCUGGUGAGUUUUAAUAUCCUUGUUGAGGAUGAAAUGAAACUUUAUCCUGUCGAAGUGGAAAUCGUUGAUAUUAAUGACAACAGUCCCCAGUUCCAGUUACAAGAACUGGAAUUUAAAAUGAAUGAAAUAACGGCUCCAGGUACCAAGGUCCCUCUGCCAUUUGGGCAAGACCUUGAUGUGGGUGUGAACUCUCUCCAGAGCUACCAGCUCAGCUCCAACCCUCAUUUUUCCCUGGAUGUGCAACAGGGACCUGAUGGGAUUCUGCACCCAGAAAUGGUGUUACAAAGUUCCCUAGACAGAGAAAAAGAAGCUGUCCACUACCUUUUCCUCACUGCCUCUGACGGGGGCAACCCCGUCCGUUCAGGGACGCUCCAUAUUCGAGUUCAGGUGGUGGAUGCGAAUGACAACCCUCCAACGUUCACACAGGAAGAAUACUACGUAAGUGUCCCUGAGAAUGUUCAACCAGGCACGCAGCUGCUCACAGUCAAUGCCACUGAUCCAGAUGAAGGUGCCAAUGGGGAAGUGACAUAUUCCUUUCACAAUGUAGAUCACAAAGUAGCCCAAAUAUUCCAGUUGGAUUCUCAUACAGGAGAAAUAUCAAGUAAAGAACCACUGGAUUUCGAAGAAUACAAAGUGUAUCCCAUGGAAAUUCAAGCUCAGGAUGGUGCUGGGCUCAUGGCCAGAGCUAAGGUGCUGGUCAAAGUUUUGGAUAUAAAUGACAAUGCCCCAGAUAUAAGCAUCACAUCCGUUGCCACUGCAGUCCCAGAAAACUUUUCUCCUGGGGCCAUAAUUGCUCUUAUCAGUGUCCAUGACCAGGACUCUGGAGACAAUGGUCACACCAUGUGUUCCAUACCUGGAAAUCUACCCUUUACAUUGGAAAAGUUACUUGAUAACUACUACCGCUUAGUAACAGAACGAACACUGGACAGAGAACUUACCCCUGGCUACAACAUCACAGUCACAGUCACAGACCAGGGAACUCCACCUCUGUCUACACAAACCUACAUUGCGCUGUUAGUGACUGACAUCAAUGACAACCCCCCAGUUUUCCAACAUGAUUCCUAUUCUGUCUACAUUCCCGAAAACAACCCCAGAGGGGCUUCCAUCUUUUCAGUGAGGGCCCAGGAUGCUGACAGCACAGAGAAUGCACAAGUGACAUACACUCUGGUGGAUGACACCUUUCAGGGGACACCCUUGUCCUCCUACCUCUCCAUUAAUUCUGACACUGGAGUCCUCUAUGCUCUGCAGUCCUUUGAUUAUGAGCAGUUCCGGGAUUUACAACUGACAGUGAUGGCUAGUGAUAGCGGAAAGCCAUCACUCAGCAGCAAUGUGUCACUAACUCUUUUUGUGCUAGAUCAGAAUGACAAUGUGCCCGAAAUUCUGUAUCCCACUCUCCCCACCGAUGGUUCCACAGGUGUGGAGCUGGCUCCCCGCUCUGCAGAGCCUGGUUAUCUGGUGACCAAGGUGGUGGCUGUAGACAAAGACUCAGGACAGAAUGCCUGGCUGUCCUACCGCCUGCUCAAGGCCAGUGAACCUGGGCUCUUCAUGGUGGGGCUGCACACAGGUGAGGUGCGCACAGCAAGGGCCCUUGUGGACAGAGAUGUGCUCAAGCAGAGCCUGGUGGUGUCUGUGCAGGACCAUGGCCAGCCCCCUCUCUCAGCCACUGUCACACUGACCAUCGCAGUGGCUGACAGUAUUCCAGACAUCCUGGCAGACCUCGGCAGCCUCCAGACCUCCACUGAUCCACAGGAUUCAGACCUCACGCUCUACCUGGUGGUGGCAGUGGCUGUGGUGUCUUGUGUCUUCCUGGCUUUUGUCAUUGUGCUGCUGGUACUCAGGCUGAGGCGCUGGCACACAGCGCGCCUGCUCCCGUCCUCCAGGAAUGGGUUGGCUGCCAUGCCUGCCUCUCACUUUGUGGGCAUGGAUGGAGUUCAGGCUUUCCUUCAGACCUAUUCCCAUGAGGUCUCCCUCACCGCCGACUCCCGCAAAAGCCACAUCAUCUUCCCUCAACCCAACUAUGCUGACACACUCAUCAGCCAGGAGAGCUGUGAGAAGAAGGAUUUUCUAUCUGCACCUCAGUCUUUACUUGAAGAUAAAGAGGAAACAUUUUCUCAGGUAAACUUGUGA